AUGGCAUUCCUCUCCAAGACCUUCUCCGUGCGUAUUCAACGUCGAGGGCUGAGGGUCACACCACGGACGCUGUUCUUGUCUGCUGUCAUACUUCUCGUAUCUGUAUGGACUCUGUUGGCUUAUAAGCCUGGUCAAAGACGGAUCGUGGACGAGGCUCAGUUGUACCAGCGGUUUCCCCUGACUUACAACUACAUUCACACUUUCGAUAGGGGCAAAGGAGGAGCAUGGUAUAUUCCCCCAGAAUGGCUUGACACAAACCAAGCACCACCCAAGACCAUCAUCGAAGCAGCCCAACUAGCCUCAAGAGCAGCUGCAUCAAACCCCAGGCGAAAUAUUCCCUUCUCCAACAUCCCACUGCUGGUCCAUCAGAAAUGGGACACCACGCGACUCAACGGCACGAAGGAGUUGAUUCUGUCCUAUGUGGAGCAGUGGUUGACAUACGCCAUCACGCCUCCGCCCGGAUCCAGUCCCAUGGCCUAUUUCCUCUGGGACAAUGACGGAGUCCUGGAUCUGAUGGAGGAGUUUGAAAAUGACUUGACGACGGACUUUAUCGAAGUCUUCUCGCCAGUGGAAAAGGUUGACAUUUUCCGCAUCGUUGCGUGUAAAUGGUUCGGGGGCAUUUAUGGUGAUGUAGACACGAGGCCACUCCAACAUCCCUCCCAAUGGAUUCGUUCGACCGAUCUCUCAGAAUGGACUGAUGAACUCACUGGGAAAACCUACGGAGUAGCACACGCGCCGCAAGACCCCACGCAGCCUCAGCCGGUCAACGCCAUCUGGGGCAUCGAGUGCGAUACAGACCCAGACACAAACGCUCACUGGCGUACGUCCUACACGUAUCCCGUCCAGCUCACCAACUGGGCUCUGGCGUCCGCUCCCAGCCAUCCUAUACUCCAGUAUUUCCUCGAUCGCGUACCCGAGAAGGCGGCAGAGGCCCGACACAGGGCUGCGCAUACCCCGGGUGUUAGCUUAUCCGAGUUGCGCUAUGAUCCGGUUACGCGAACGGGGCCAGUGGCCGUUACGCAAGCGACAAGUUGGUUUCUCGAAGAGCACGAUGGGCUGAGAUGGAAUGCUCUCUCGGGUCUCAAUGACGGAGGGAAGAACAAGGUCGUUGGCGAUGUAUUGAUUCUUCCCAUCACCGGCUUCAGCCCAACAACAAAGAAAUUCAACAGGAAUGGAAAAGGAGGCUGGGACCAUCCCGACGCCAGACUUGCCCACACAGCCAUGGGCUCAUGGCAUCACACGAAUUUCAUAGCCGAAUACGGUAAAUUCUGCCGCUCCGUCUUUGGACUGUGCAAAGACUGGCAAAAGAUGUGGUGA